UUGUCAGUCAGUUGGACGAAGUUCCGUGAAGUGAGUGGUUGUUUCAUAGAAGCGAAGUUCAUUUUUACGGUCUUUUCAACCUCGUGGUCUUUAUCUCUACAAAAUAUUCGUGUUGGAAAUGCAAAAAUUUCUUGUGAUUUUUGAUAAUAGUUUUACAGCGAGUCACAUACUUUAUAAUAAUCAGUGAUUUACUGCCAAGUACUUUUUGGUGAACAAUCUCAAGUAGGUUAUUAUUUACUGUAUUUGUAUAAUGUUGUACAGUCAAAAAAACUGUUAAUUAGUGGUGGGGCUUCAUAAAAUAUUUUUUAGUUAUUUGGAUACUAAGUUCUAUGAAGUUUAUCAACAUUUGAAACAUUGGGGAAAGUGCAAACGCAGUGCUACUUUUGUAUUUAAAUUUUGGAGGAGUUUCUAGAUUGAGGAAUUUACAAAAAACAUCAAUAUUUUAUUUUGUAAUAAAAGGGCCAAUUAUAGUGUUUUUCGGUGUUUGGAAGAUCAAUAGUGUCUCUAUUGUGUGUUGAGCUGUCAUUGUGAACUUCUGGAUAUUCUCAAAUCUUCAAGAAACCUGUUGCAUUCAGAGAUAGAGUGUCAGAAUGAAGCUGAUCAUGAAUGAUUAAGAUUAAAGAAUGAUUGGAGAAUGAUGAUCGAAAUCCAGCCAACAUCAUGUUGAAGGAGGAACGGUGACAUCAUACACAUCAUGGGAGAAUAAUUAUAUUUUCCUAUUGACAUAGGAUGACAACAGCUACAGGGGGUGCAGGGGGCGAGAUACCAGUGUGGGUGUCAGGCCAGCAGCUGUGGGUGCGAGGGGUGGACCGCAAGACCACGUGCAAUGACGUCAUCACAGCCCUCCUCGGUCGUCAGGAGGACGGCUACGUGAUAGUGGAGAGGUGGAGAAGGGUGGAGAGGCCUCUCGGAGGAGACACACGCCUCCUCAAGCUGUGGACCACGUGGGGUGAUGCCAGGGAUGAGGUGAAGUUGUCCCUCAGGAGGGUGUCGGAUGAUGACAGUGGUCGUGGGAGUCCCAGCGCUGUGUCACGACGCAGAAAACACCAUCAUCAUCACCAUCGCCAGAAAAAGGACACCCAAACUGUUCACCCUAAAAGACUGGCACAACUUUCUAAAACCCAGAGUAUCGAGCGUCUUCUGAAGCUGAUUUUGGUGCAAGGGGAAACGAUUCAAAGUCAGCUUCAACGACUUCAUGAUCGGGAAGAUCAGAUUGAACAGCUGGAAGAUGAAACCCACAAAGCAAGGGUGAGCGUCUUGGGGUCAGACUAUGUCCUACAAACCUACCUUGGAGGCGACGCAUCCACACCAUCCACCUCCCGAAAAACACACCACCACGAAGACGAGAAGGAGAACGACAGUGGGGUAGUAACAGAGGGGACACCAACGGGGGAGAACGCGUGCACCCCUACAGAGGACCCCGCCAAAGAAGACGAUGAUCCAACCAUCGAGGAGGACAUCGAGGCUGAGAUCCAGGACCUCCAGAAGAGGAUCGAGCUCUGGGAGAAGGUGCUCAAGGUCAACAAGAAACUGGAGAAAGAAGAGGAGAACCUGGUGAGGUUGUAUGUCAACUUCAAACGAUGUGGAGAAAUGGAAUCUCUACAGAAUGAGUUGGACCAGAAACAGCAGCAACUGGAGCGAGGUGCCAGGCAGCUGGAGAUCAACAAUUGUUCCCUGCUGGAAGCUGAUUCAGCGCUGGAGGCGAGGCGAAGGUACCUGAGGGUUCUCCAGUCAGAACUGGACGCCAGUGAUCAGGAGACUGAGCGUCUCCUGAAGGCGUCCGAUCCCAGAAAUGUGCACCAUACUAGGCUAAAGUACUCCAGAGACUUUGAUUCGAAUUCUGAUACCGGACUUAGUUCGCUGCAUAGCAGUAGUGAGGAAGGGACCUAUGUUUUGGAUACGCUAGUAUAGCAUACCAUGGUUUAGUGUUAUGACUGAUCCAGCAGUAUUUUUUAAAUACAGUAAUA